AUGUUCCCUCCUUCCCUCCGACUUCCAGCCACCGUCGUCCAAAUCAAGCCCGACAUGCACGUUACUGGUGGGGCAUUCGGGGAUGUGUAUCGUGUACCUUGGACUAUUGCGUCCCACGGGGAUGGGGUGCGAGCAACGGGAUGGUGGGAAGAGGGGCGGACGGGUGCAGUUGCAGUCAAACUCCCUCGUUCCUCUGUUCUCAACCGACGGAAGGUUCUCUGCCGUACUAUCCGUGAAGCUCUCACAUGGUCAAUCAUUGAGCACGAGAAUGUCAUCCCUUUGCUCGGGAUUUCUCUCGCCCUCAACUCCAACGGCUCUGCCUCGUCUCGGAAUGGAUGGCCAACGGGAACAUGCUCGCCUACCUCUCCCGUCUCCUGGGUUCACCCGAAUGGCGCGCUCCACCCCUCUCCACACUGUUCUUCGUUCUGUCUUAUGAAUCCGCCGGCUCGCAUCCGCGAGAACGAGCGCGCUUCUGCCCUCCACCAAAUCCAAACCAGGCAGAGGAAGCGCCUACAAAUGGAAGUUAAGAAAGCUGGCAGGGGAAGGGCUUACUAUGUGGUCAACGAUGAUGUAGCAUUCGUACAAAUGCCACGAAAUGCUGGAUCAAGAGUGCGUGGGCCGAGACCUAACCCAAGCACACAGCGUCUGGAUGCUGCUACUUCAGCGAGCCCAGCCUUGGGUCCUGUCAAGGCUAGAGUGAGGCAUGGAAGGUCAUGUUCUGCGGAGCUCUCUAAGCGGCCCGACAAGAGGAACUCAGCGGCACCUCGAACCGGCAGCAGUGUGGCAACCGACCAAGGAAGCAAGCCAGCGAACCUGAUUGAUGUCUCAAAGAAGCCGGAGGCGAGGAAUACAGCAUCCAGGGCUGCCGCUGGCGGGACCUUGGAUCUCGGCAAGAGGACAGAGAAGGGUGCUCGAUCUGCAAAUCGGCCACUUCCAGUCCGCCCUGCUCGCCCCCCCGCCGAUAUCCAGCGACCAUUGCUGCGGCUCGUCACCGAAUCGGAGUUUGUCAUCCCAACGAGCGAGAAUAGUCAGCAAAUUCAUUCUCCGUACUCAUCCCCUGUUGGUCGGACCAGCUACCGUGUGAUGUUACCUGUUUCCGCACACCAGCGGCAGCAGCAGCCUUGUGUUAGCACUACGCUGAUGUCUCCGCCCCACACCCCUCAUUCUGCUGAAAGUACCUCCUAUUUGCAGCCAACAAAGCCGAACAUCAAGUAUCGAGUGCUCCUGACCCCAUCCAGCACUCCCACUCCCGAACUUGGAACCACAUUUGACUGGACAGAUACGUACGGACUCGUUAUUUGA